UUACUUGAGAAAGGCGUCCGUCUACUUCUCUUUUAAUUUUAUCCGGUCCGGAUCUCUCUCUCUCUCUCCGACACAGACACACACUCUCUCUAUAUCUCUUCGUGUAAGACACUGGUGUGACUGUUUUAAAGGCGGGGAAAAUGUCAGGAAAAGGAGCGAAAGGGCCGAUAAUGGGGAAAUCAAGCGGUAACGACAAGGACAAAGACAAGAAGAAACCCACUACUCGCUCUUCUCGUGCUGGUCUUCAGUUUCCAGUUGGGAGAGUCCACAGACUGCUGAAAGGAAGGUCAACCGCUCACGGACGCGUCGGCGCAACCGCAGCCGUUUACACAGCCGCUAUUUUGGAGUACUUGACCGCAGAGGUCUUGGAGCUCGCUGGUAACGCGAGCAAGGAUCUGAAAGUGAAGCGUAUCACACCGAGGCAUCUGCAGCUCGCUAUCCGCGGUGACGAAGAGCUCGAUACUCUCAUCAAAGGAACUAUCGCUGGUGGUGGUGUCAUUCCUCACAUUCACAAGUCCCUCAUCAACAAAUCUGGCCAAGAAUAGCUCCUCUCUACCUCAUCAACUCUGUCUCUUUUGGACCUCCUUUUUGUUAAAUAGUGGUCUAUGUUUUAAGAUACUAGUGGAGAUUGUCUGUUUGUUUGUUUGUUUAAGACUCACGUGUGACUUGUUUCUCUCGUUUCUGAUUAGUGUUUUGGUGUUUGAUCA